UGCUGGCUGACGUCAGCUGACUGCCUCGGCUCUCCGCUCCUCCGGACACAGCGCCGUGUAAAAAUGCUGCUCUCUGUGCCGCCAAGGACAGGAUUCAACCCGUACAACGGCUACACCGGCAAAAACAUCAAGAAGCAGACGUAUGUGUCCCCCUCCAAUCAUCAGAUGGCUCCUCCAAGCCCCAACAACAACAGCAAUAGCAACAGCAGCACUACCUCCAUCAGCAAUGGCAGCAGCAGCAGUGGAGGAGAGCAGCUGAGCAAGACCAACCUGUACAUCCGCGGCCUCCACCCGGGAACCACAGACCAGGAUCUGGUCAAACUCUGUCAGCCGUAUGGGAAAAUUGUGUCCACCAAGGCCAUCCUGGACAAGACCACCAACAAGUGCAAAGGCUAUGGCUUUGUUGACUUUGACAGUCCGGCCUCAGCUCAGAAGGCGGUGACAGCACUGAAGGCGGGAGGCGUGCAGGCUCAGAUGGCCAAGCAACAGGAACAGGACCCCACCAACUUAUACAUCUCCAACCUGCCGAUGUCCAUGGAUGAGCAGGAGCUGGAGAACAUGCUGAAGCCCUUCAGCCAGGCCAUUUCCACUCGCAUCCUCCGUGACGCCAAUGGAACCAGCCGAGGAGUGGGCUUUGCCAGGAUGGAGUCAACGGAGAAAUGUGAAGCCAUCAUUCAACAUUUUAAUGGAAAAUAUAUCAAGACUCCACCUGGAGUCCCAGUGCCGCCAGAGCCCCUGUUGUGUAAAUUCGCUGACGGAGGCCAGAAGAAGCGUCAGAGCCAAGGAAAAUAUCUGCAGAACGGCCGGCCCUGGACAAGAGAUGGGGAGACUGGAGGAAUGACUCUGACCUACGACCCCACCACAGCCUUACAGAAUGGGUUCUACUCCUCUCCCUAUAGCAUCGCCCCAAAUAGGAUGAUGGGGCCAACCUCCCUCUCCCCGUACAUGCAUUCACCUGUGUCCACCUACCAGGUACACAACCCAUCCUGGCUACAUCAUCAGUCAUAUAUCAUGCCGCCCACAGGAGCAGUCCUGACACCAGGAAUGGACCACACCAUGUCCAUCCAGCCAACCUCCAUGAUGGGGCCCCUGACACAGCAGCUCAGCCACCUCUCCAUGGGCAGCAGUGGCACGUAUAUGCCCGCAAACACAUCUAUGCAGGGGACCUACAUCCCACAGUACACCCAAGUGCCUGCCACCAACAUGUCAGUUGAGGAAAGUGCCGUCCAACAACCGGUUGCCAUAGAGACACCCACAGAACACACAACCUACACCUACCAGCAUAACAAGUGAAGAGGUGGCAGAGAUCUUCCUCUGGAGCCGAAGUGACUCUCAAAGGGCCCCAAGUGCUGACUCUCGGCACAGGGACUCUACACGUAAAGCGCCAGACACUUGGGAAGAACACGGACUGUUAAACAGAAAGGACAAAAAAAAAGAUAUUUUCUAAAAACUCAUAUUUUAAAACAAACUCUUUUACUCCAAACAUGCAAGGCGGGAGGAUAACAGGCGAUGGGGAAUGGAAGAACAGAACAAGGAGCGUCUAUUUUGAUAACAGUCACACACAGACACACACUACACAUGUUUAAAAGGUUUUUCGAACGUUAUUCAUCUUCUUUUCUAAUACUACUCCGGGGAGCUAGAAAGAAACCAGGAAAAGAACAUUUCAACACCAUGCUUUUUUUUGAGUCAUGUCUUUUUUUGACCUUUUUUGUAAAAUAUGCUGAUUUUACUUCACUUUUUUUUCGUCUGAUACUUUCAGGCUUUGAACCUGCCUUUUUGUACAUAAUUCUUCGUUUUUGGUGUGUUCCUAGCUUCAUGUGUCCUAGUUUGAUUGAUCGGUGCAAAUAUUGGAAUACAGAAAGCUAAAAAAAAAGUCAUUGAAAAAGCUGAUGACUCAUAUUUCAGACGGAUACGGUGCUGACUUGGAUUAGCGUCUCUCGGAGUGGCAGCAAGUUUAUCAGGUAUGAAACCUUACCUGAGAUGGCUUCUUUAUGGCACUUAACUCUCAAAUAAUUUAUAGUUCCAACAAUCUCGACAAAGCUUAAGACAAUCAGACGAUUACAAAGAAAAUUUAGAGACAUUUUCACAGAGAAGACUUCUUUAAAAGAGCUAAAUAGAUUAAAAGCAUUCCAUAGAUUAUAAUCAGAAAGUUUUAAAUGAUGAGCUGCUCCACUUGAUGAAAUCCAAAGUUACUUAACAGGGAUCACAUCUCACACAGAGCUGCCUGUAAAUAAGAUAUUUAAAUUUAUUUAGGCUUUCUUUUGAUUUCCUUUCAUCAGUGUAGUAAUGCUUCAGUUAUUUUAAUAACAAUAUUAUACCAAAUUGUUGAAUAUGGCAGCAUAUAAAUUGCUGCUUUCAGUUUUCUCCUCAUGUCCGUUUUUAUAAAAGGGGAAUCUCUGCUGCAUCUCCCCAAAAAUGUAUUUUCUGGAGCAAGAUGUUGUUAUUAGAGUAUGAAGUUGUUAUUACCUAGACAUGGAGAUCAACUGCUAAAGCGUGGCUCUGUCCUGUUGUAUCUUCAGAAAAAACUAUCAAGGUUUAUUAUGGAUGACUUUGGUCUGCGUAGAGAUGCUUUAAUACUGGCCAUCCUUGUAUGUUUGCAUCUACUUCUGCAUUUCUGUUUUUCACCCUCAUGUUUUUUGUUUUACAUUUCUUAUUUAAGGGUUUAAGUUUUUUUUAUUCGGUUUUAAUGCUUUUAAGAUUGAUCCUAUUUUUCAAAGAAGUUUCGUUUUUAUUUUUGAUAGUGUGUUGUGUGCUUCAUAUAGGGAGAAACAGAUGUUUUCACCUCUUUUUUUUGAAAUAGUGAAUUGUAUGUUUGCAUACUUCCUCUCGUUCUGGUUACAGUGUUGAUGUCAAAGAGGCUUUAAAGGGGAACAUCACCUAAAUUAAGAAUUCCAAUAUGUUAUUUCCAUGGCCUAGGAAAAUUCAAUCAGUAUUUGUGAACACGAGCUGCUCUCUCCCAGAAACCAGAGAAGUCUCAAACUUAUGACGUCAUCAUGUAUGAAGUCUGGAGCUGCUCUAUAGACAAUGACUGGGAGCCUGAUUUUGUGGCCCUAUAGAGUGUUUGUUGUCUUUUUUAUAUCAAAAUGAGCUUAAAUUUCUGUUGUAGUGGUCUCAAUUCUUAAGCAGAAAAUGUACCCAAAUAGACUGAAUAACUGUGAUGUGGCGUUUACAGCAACAGUCACUUCUGGAAAGCCAACUGGCUAUUGUUUUGAAUAGCAGAAACAUGUCAAAUUCAGCAAACUUGUUGAUUUCUGUUGUCAUUUUUAACCGUUAAUAGUAACUUUUAAAGAUAUAUAAUUAAGCAUGUUAGUCCAGAUUAUCUGACGUUUCUGCUGUGCUUAUUAAACUGGUAAUAGCAAUGUUCAUCCGUCCCAUUCUAGUGAACACAGUAGCUCAAGAGUGUAUUAGGUCAUUUCUUCAAAUUCUCAACAAUUCAACAACUCAAAAACAACAACUCAACAAUAAACUGAUUAGG